AUGGCAGCUGCUCCGGCUCCUUUCUGGUCUUCAUUGGCCCCCAAUGAUCAGUUUCAAAACGAUCAGCUUCACGACGUCCUCAUCAGUGACCCAAAGUUUGCUGUCCACGGUGAGAUUAUGAUGCUGGUUCUGGUUCUGCUGUUCGCCACCUUGUUCAUCCUUCUCUUACUCUUCCCCUACACAAAGAAAUGUCCUCCCUCAUGA